GAGCACUGUCAUGAUGCUCAAGAUUCUUACCAUACUCGCAGUGCUACCAUAUACCACUUCUACUAUAACGUGCCGCACAUAUUCGCCGGAGAAGAAAUCAAAAGAAAUUGAAAAGACGAAAAGUUUGUAUUGUGCGUUCAUCAUGACGGAACGGUGUGAUGAAGGUUACUAUACUGAAGGACCUGCAUGGAAUGCACAAGCGAUGUCCAAUCACUGCAGCAUAAAAAAUGGAAUAUUCUCAUGUUCUUGUAAUACCGAAUUGUGCUCAAGCGACCACAAUUAUCUCAUGAAAUUAUGGAAGAGAUCUCCGCAGUAUUCAGCGAAUAAUAAGUACACAAUUUGUUUGCAGAAAUUGAUAGAAAAAGAUCUUGAGAAUGAUUAUGAUUAUUAUGUGGCCGAGGAAAGAAAGGCACACGAAAGGAUCAAAGGAAAGAUGUCGGAAGACGACGAUCGCGAUAACCUAGGAGAAACUGAAGAGCAACAACCAAAACGACGAGAGAAACUGGCAUCUGGCUACGUAUGUGCCGUUAUCCUUGCGGUUGUUUUGGCGCAUGCUGUAUUUUGAGGCAAUCAAUAACCUGCUUGUGUACAACGACUUCGAUAACAGUGAAAACAAUAUGUGAACGAAACAAUUCAUAAAUUGAAAAUUGCCCGUUUCACUGAUAAAAAUACAAACA